UGCUCCAUUGUCAUCAUCCUUCUGCAAAUGGUUGGUAGAGGUAAUUUCUUUUCCCAGAACAGUGAAGAAUCAGGCGCAAAUUUGCCUUUUUUACACGGAUUUACCCCUAUGGUGUGGUGUCAAGUUCUACUCUUCUCUGGCGGGGGUCUUCUCGUAUCUGCUGUCAUCAAGUACGCUGACAAUGUAUUGAAGGGAGUUGCCAUUGGUAUCAGCGUGCUGCUCUCAACGGUGGCGAGUAUGUUUUUGUUCGGGACGUCCAUCACCCCACUGUUCAUUGUGUGCGCGUUUGCUACCGUUGCUGCUGUCUACUUCUUUUCCAAUCAGCUCCCACGGUGCCUCACAGAGCCACAUCGUUCUUCCUACUUCUCUCUGAUCUGC